AUGUCGACUUCUGCACGCAACACGGCGGAACUACCCGAAAUCGUCAGCAGAAUUAGAUUUCUAGAGACUUAUAUGGAAGAAAAUCCAUCAUUAUGGCACAAGCCUGCGUAUCGUUCGGCAGUUGAAGAAACACUCUGGAAGUUGAAUGGUCGUCUUACUGAUCAUAUAGACCUUAAGAUCUUUCAAGAUAAGGAACACUUGGAGAAUUUCUUGGGCUGCUCUAGAGCUAUUACUUCAGCGAUCGGAAGACUCGGACUUGUGGCGAUUAAUGAAUACAACAGGGAACUGGAACCGCAAUCUAAUGUCGUAGCAAAUGCUGAAAAUUCCAGUAUAGAACAAGCUUCAAAUCCUGCAGCAGAGUUGGGCAUUUACCAAGAAGAGGACUACAUUCUGGAUGAUAAUCUAGUGACUACAGGCUCUCGAUCUAGCAUUGACCGAUCAGAAGAUUUCGACCAUGUUUUUACUCGGCACUCCGAUAAUCAACUGACCCUUUUCCCGACUACAAGUUUAGACGACAGUCCACUCAAUGCGGAUGGAUCUUCGAUUGCGGACGAUGAAUCACACAGAGGCAAGGAUAGUAUUUGUGCUAAGACAAUAUCUACAGAGGAGCGUGAUAAACCUUCUCAGCCAAAGAAGAAAAAGAAGAAGAAAUCCAAAAAGAAGAAGACUGCAGUAGAGAAUUCCGCAGAAGAAGCAACUCUAACGACAAUAGAGACUAGUCAUAGUCCAACCUUGGUCCUUCCGAUGGCAAAAGAUCAUUUAUCACCGGCCGGUUCCACGCUAGAUCGACUUAUAGUACUAGGCUACUUAUAUCCGCCCCCCCGCUUAUUUUAUGGUGUCACAUAUUAUACCACCCUUUUUCAAUAUUAA